GGGGUUGCUCCGGCCUAGGCAGGCUCCGGGGCUGGCAGAGGGGCUCCGGUGCGGAGCGCGCGCUGCGCCCUCCCCCUCCUGCCAGGACUCCGCAGCGGCGCGGAGAGGGGGGGCGCUGCGGAGCCGGGGGGCGGGGGCUAAAAAUACCGGGCGGCGGCGGCGGCGGCGGCGGCGGCGGCGGCGGCGCGGCGAUUGCUGGGGCUGCGGGGUUGCGGGGCUGCGGGCCGGGGAGGCCGUGCGGGGCCAGGCUGGGCCCCGCUCACCGACAUGCUGACCUUCUUCCUCGUCUCCGGGGGAUCGCUCUGGCUGUUCGCGGAGUUCAUUCUCUCACUUCUGGAGAAGAUGCAGACCCAGGAGAUCCUGAGGUUGCUGCGGCUGCCUGAGCUGGGUGACUUGGGCCAGUUUUUCCGCAGCCUCUCAGCCACCACCCUCGUGAGUGUGGGUGCGCUGGCCGCCAUCCUCGCCUACUGGUUCACUCACCGGCCAAAGGCCCUACAACCGCCAUGCAACCUCCUGAUGCAGUCGGAGGAAGUGGAGGACAGUGGCGGGGCCCGGCGAUCUGUGAUCGGCGACGGCCCUCAGUUGCUCACCCACUACUACGAUGACGCCAGGACCAUGUACCAGGUGUUCUGCCGUGGGCUCAGCAUCUCAGGGAAUGGACCCUGUCUUGGCUUCAGGAAGCCGAAGCAACCUUAUCAGUGGCUGUCCUACCAGGAGGUGGCCGACAGAGCUGAAUUUCUAGGGUCUGGACUUCUCCAACACAAUUGUAAACCAAGUACAGAUCAGUUCAUUGGCGUUUUUGCACAAAAUCGGCCAGAGUGGAUCAUCGCAGAGCUUGCCUGCUACACGUAUUCUAUGGUGGUGGUCCCGCUCUAUGACACCCUGGGCCCUGGGGCUAUCCGCUACAUCAUCAGGACAGCCGACAUCAGCACCGUGGUCGUGGACAAACCUCAGAAGGCCGUGCUUCUGCUGGAACACGUGGAAAGGAAGGAGACUCCAGGGCUCAAGCUCAUCAUCCUCAUGGAACCAUUCGAGGAAGCUCUGAAAGACAGAGGGCAGGAGUGCGGAGUGGUCAUUAAGUCCAUGCAGGCUGUGGAGGAGUGUGGCCAACAGAAUCAUCAGGCUCCUGUGCCCCCGAAGCCCAGCGACCUCUCCAUUGUGUGUUUCACAAGCGGCACAACAGGGAGCCCAAAAGGUGCGAUGCUCACCCAUGGGAACGUGGUGGCUGAUUUCUCAGGCUUUCUGAAAGUGACAGAGAAAGUGAUCUUUCCGAGACAGGACGAUGUGCUCAUCUCCUUCCUACCUCUGGCUCACAUGUUUGAGAGAGUAAUCCAGUCUGUUGUCUACUGCCAUGGGGGACGCGUCGGCUUCUUCCAGGGAGACAUCCGUCUCCUCUCGGAUGACAUGAAGGCUCUGCACCCCACCAUCUUCCCUGUGGUCCCUCGAUUGCUGAACCGGAUGUAUGACAAGAUCUUCAGCCAGGCAGACACACCAUUAAAGCGCUGGCUCCUGGAGUUUGCAGCAAAGCGUAAACAGGCUGAGGUCCGGAGUGGAAUCAUCAGGAAUGAUAGUAUCUGGGAUGAACUCUUUUUUAAUAAGAUUCAGGCCAGUCUUGGUGGGUGUGUGCGGAUGAUUGUCACUGGAGCGGCCCCCGCAUCACCGACAGUGCUGGGAUUCCUCCGGGCGGCUCUGGGGUGCCAGGUUUAUGAAGGUUACGGCCAAACUGAGUGUACGGCUGGAUGUACCUUCACCACGCCCGGGGACUGGACCUCAGGGCAUGUAGGGGCACCUCUGCCCUGCAAUCAUAUCAAGCUCAUCGAUGUCGAGGAACUGAACUAUUGGACCUGCAAAGGAGAGGGAGAGAUAUGCGUGAGAGGACCAAAUGUGUUCAAAGGUUACUUGAAAGAUCCAAACAGGACAAAGGAAGCCCUGGACAGUGACGGCUGGCUUCACACUGGGGACAUUGGGAAGUGGCUGCCGGCAGGGACUCUUAAAAUUAUUGAUCGGAAGAAGCACAUAUUUAAACUUGCUCAGGGAGAAUAUGUUGCCCCCGAGAAGAUUGAGAACAUCUAUAUCCGGAGUGAGCCUGUAGCACAAAUCUAUGUCCACGGGGACAGUUUAAAGGCCUUUUUGGUGGGUGUUGUUGUGCCUGACCCUGAAGUCAUGCCCUCUUGGGCCCAGAAGAGAGGAAUUGAAGGGUCAUAUGAAGAGCUCUGUGCAAAUAAGGAGCUGAAAAAAGCCAUUUUGGAAGAUAUGGUGAGGUUAGGAAAACAGAGUGGACUCCAUUCGUUUGAACAGGUUAAAGCCAUUCACAUCCACUCUGACAUGUUCUCAGUUCAGAAUGGCUUGCUGACACCAACACUAAAGGCUAAGAGACCUGAGCUGAGAGAGUACUUCAAAAAACAAAUAGAAGAGCUUUACUCAAUCUCCAUGUGAAGUUCAAGGAAAGUUCUUCUCAGUAUAAUGGACUGUGUAGCAAUACUAUAGUUACUCUUGAAAGUAAUGAAUCAGAAUGAUGCAGCCGAAAAUGAAUAAGCACGUGACCUUAUGAUUGAGCCUUUUCCUGUCCCAAGAGGUCUUUAACAAUAUUUUCUCUAUCAUCACUGAGUACACUUUAUUUUUAUUAAAAUGAUAUUGUAACAAGCUGCUAAAAAUAUCACAGAUGGCAAUGUAAAAGACUUUUCUCAAGGACUGUGUACCACUAAAAGUAAUAUAUUCUCAAUGUUCACAGAACUCCUAUUAAACA